CUGUUACAAGUACGAACCUCUCAGCGUCAAUUUUCCAACUUUUCAACUUUACGUGAACGCAGCACGCUAUUUCAAUCUGAAGCGUCCUGAUGGAAAGGCGGUUGACUGGAGAGUAGACUGGAAAAUUAGAAAUAACAUCCCUGUCAGCAACGAAGGAUCCAGGUGGACUGAACAUCGUAAGGGAUUGACUCCAGGGUCCUUCAUGGCUGCUCCAACUUUACAACAGCCCAGUUUCUUGCUGGCCAACCUUAAAGCCGAUGCAACAACCAAGCCUCUCUUCCAGCGAUGUCAAGAUUUGGUGAAGAUCAUUGAUGACUAUCCUGCCAAGGAGCUGCACUUGAUCUUCCCCUGGCUGGUGGAGAGUGUGUUUGGCAGUCUGGACGGGGUCAUCACUGGCUGGAACCUGCGACUCUUGCAUUCCCGCAGCAAUGAGUACAACAUCGCCAUGGACUUCCUGGACCCCAGCGGGCCAAUGAUGAAGCUUGUGUAUAAACUUCAAGCCGAGGAGUACAAAUAUGAAAUACCUGUCAAUUAUCUCCCGGGUCCGAUAAAGGCAUCCAUCCAGGAAGGUGUUCUCCCAGACUGUCCACUGUUCCACAACAAGCUGCACUUCCCCCUGUCUGGUGUGCUGACACUCAACCUGGCUCUCAAUCCAUUUGAAUUCUACAUGUUCAACUUUGCUUACAGUCUCAUCACACCAAAGAACUUUCCCCAAGGACAACAUGGCAGUACCACAGACAACGCCUACUUUGUGCUAGUGGACACUUACCUCAAAUACUUCCUACCUACUGAAGGAAGUGUGCCGCCUUCCCCGUUCUCUGACUCCAGAGGCUCUGUCACUGCACCUUCACCAAGGUCUCCCAGUGUUUCCUUUGCUGGUUAUGGUGUCCACAGCCCCAGCCUGCUGAAACAUCACAUAUUCCACCAGCCCUCAGUCAAUGCAGACCCUGCAGCCCAGGAAAUCUGGAGGUCAGAAACACUGUUACAGAUGUUUGUGGAGAUCUGGCUUCAUCACUACUCCUUGGAGAUGUACCAGAAGCUGCAGUCUCCCCAGGUGAAGCUGGCGCUGCUGCAGUACCGCCUCAGUAUGUCCAGCAUGCCGUGCCAACCCCACGCCCCACCAGGCUCUGGGACCCUCCACACCUACCAAGAGCCCUUUAGCCCGACAGAGGAGCAUGUGCUGGUGGUGCGUCUCCUGGUGAAGCAUUUGCACGCCUUCUCCAACAGCCUGAAGCCUGAGCAGCUCUCCUCCUCACCCUCAGCCCAUUCCCACGCUCACACCAGCCCACUGGAGGAGUUCAAGAGAGUGGUGGUACAGCGUUUUGUCCAGCAGAAACUCUACCUGUUUCUCCAGCAUUGUUUUGGCCACUGGCCACUGGAUGCCUCUUUCAGAGCAGUGUUAGAGACAUGGCUGAGCUACAUCCAGCCGUGGAGAUACACUGGAGAGAAGGUCAAUCCUCAGCCAGACCAGAACAGAACUGUACCUGACAAAUGGGCAUCAUUUGUUCAAGAGAACCUACUCAUGUACACAAAGCUGUUCCAAGGUUUUCUGAACAGAGCAGUACGCACAGACCUGGUCAAUGCCAAAAAUGCACUAAUGGUCUUCAGGGUGGCCAAAGUGUUUGCUCAGCCAAACCUCGCAGAGAUGAUCCAGAAAGGAGAGCAGCUGUUUCUGGAGCCAGAACAUGUUCUCCACCACCGGCAGCCCCGAGGGUACCUGACGCCGACCCAAGGAGGCAGCUACCUGUCGUCACGGCAGCGGGUAGUGACGGACACGGUGUUCAGGGUGAAGAGUCACGUCUACGCCCUGGAAGGCCAGGACUGCCAGUACAAACAGAUGUUUGGCACUGAGCUCAGAGGGGCAGUCCUGAAGCUAAUCCAGAUUAUCGCCCAAGCCAGACAGACAGCCAAGAGGAUAUCGGACCACUCCAUUGAGGUGGCAGCCAAUAACUCCUUUCUGUCAUGGUUUGGGUUUGGCUCCUCAGACCUCAACAACACCUUUGUCGGAGCUGAGCCAGAAGAGACCGGGGAGUGUGUGAAGAAAACCCAUGAGUUCCUGGACAGGGCACUGGAUAACCUGUGUCAGAUCUUCAGGCUGAACUCGGGCCAGCUGAAUCAGCUGAUAUCCAACCUGGGCUCGUCUCAGGACGAGGUCAACUCCAAACAGCUGCCAGACUGCAUCCAGGGGGAGAAUGGCCUCAUCCUUACUGACUUGGGCAGGAGACAGAUAAUGAAUGGACUACGUAGGUUUGAGGUGGAGUACCAAGGAGACCCGGAGCUGCAGCCCAUCAGGAGUUAUGAGAACGCUCUGCUGGUCAGGCUGUUCUACAGGAUAUCCUCCCUGAUUAAUGAGAGGUAUGGAGGACAUAUGAAUGCACUCUGCUCACGGCCGGACCUGCUGGGUCGCCUGGGCCGUCACUACUUAGCAAAUCCUGAUUCAGCCUCAAGACUGAGGAAGAGUCCGACGACCCGGUGGACGCUGCAGAGGCACCGGCAGCCGAGGCUGAGCCUCCGGCUGCUGGCCAGCUACAGAACUCUGCUGAUGCUCGUGCUGCUCUACCUGCUGGGGGCCCUCCUGUCUUUUGGCCCCGUCUCCUGUACUCUGCUCAUACUCUUUGGGGGCUUCCUCCACGGACUCUUGAUGACGCUGUUUGGAGACAAACUUAAGUCACACUAGCCGAGAUGCUUACUGCAGGGUUCCUACAAAUCUCAGAAAGUACAGUAUAAUGAUUUUGAUCAUUUCUAGCUUUUCAAAAGUUUUGAAAACAGAAAACAAAUCUGAAAAUGGGCCAGAAGCAGGUUGGGAUUCAGGGCGUUGUCUAAGGACUCUCCAUCAGGAGGGAAUCUUGACAUGAAGAGCUUGAACCAGAGCUCAAAGCCAACAUCCCUACUUACUCGGGCACCUUGCUACCCCAACAGACAAAGUCUCUGAGGUUGACUGCAGAGAGAAGGUACUUUAUAUGUAACUAUAGACCAUUUUUUUCACAUAUAGCAGUAUUUAUUGUUGUGAAGAUUCAUUUUGAUUUAUCCUGUUGUGAAUCUUUUGUCAUAUGGCCUAGUGUAGUCUUCUUGCCCUGCUUACAUCACUGAACACAAAGCAGCCACUUCAGACGUCCAAUCAAGAAGUGAAGGUCUACAAAAAAAAAAAAAGUACUUUACAUGGAAGAUGUGUAGGAACCCUGUCAGUAGCAGAACAGCAACGGACAGGCAGCUUUUGAUAGUGCUUCAUUGUUUAAAAUGCGGUUGUUUUAAACUUGUAAAUAAAUGCUUGCUGUAGUGCUCUAUUAGUAGAGCACUUUAUUUAGCAUUUUUGAUUACUUAAAAAGAGAAGCUUUCAGAAUAUCCAACAUUUUGACUAUGGAAUAAAUUGAACCUUUCUUUUUUUCCUCAAAUGGAAGAAUGGCAGUUUUGUUCAGUGCCCUCAAUAAAUUGUUUGCUUUUCUUU